AUCGGUCACAGAUGAAUCCGACGAUAUGGUCGUUUCCGUUCCAACUCAAAUCCAUUGGGCGAGAUGGCUCAAGUGGUUAGAGAGCGAAUUCAGUGACCGGAAGUCCUCGUGCAACCUUCGUGUGGCAUGGCAGUUAGGCAUCGAAAGGGUGCUACAGUUGAACGACAGCAACAAGCCUUGUUUGGCUAGUAUGUGGUUAGCCCAAAACGGUCAUAAGUUGGCGUCUACAACCACAUCCAGGAGAGUAGAAGCAUAUGACUUCAUCGACCUCAUUUGUCCAACAUUUCUCUAA